UUUUAAUACCUUGAAUGAAGGACAGCUCUGUCUUAAACUUACCCUCUUAUUCAUCUCAUCCUUAGGAAAAUCAAUAUGGUUAAUAAAAUGAAAUUAGUGAGACCAACAGCAGUCAAAGAACGAACAACCGAAGUGAAAUGGGUUUUAGUUAAUAAGUAAGGAUUGUUAUAAUGACUUCAAGGAAGGAAGCAAGAACACAGAAGGCACAAAAAAGAAAAUCAACAAAGAAUAAGGUUAAAAUGGGAUAAAAAAUUAAGGCCAUUGGACUAAUUAGGAACAUCAAAUAUACGUGGAGUUCUUGGAGUAGCAUCACAGCACAUCGAUGCAGAGUCAAUAAAAUAGAAAGAAUAACAAAAUCUUCAAACUUAUGUCACAAACAAUAGGAACUAGAUCUCCAUCCUAGUGCAGGUAAAAUAAAGUAAUAAGUAGAUCGCACCACCAGAAAUUCAACCCUUACACAGCAGCAGGGUAAAAGAGGAACAAGAGAAAUCGCAGGAGAAUGUGCAAUUAAAAUGUAGAAGGGGAGAACGUGCUAAAUAUGACGACAAAACCCAUGAUAUAAUUUAAUACUCCAAUGGUGAAACCCAUUUUAGGUAUGAUUGAUGAAUAAUACUAAAAUAGAUCAAUGUUAUGAUGAGUGCGAUGAUUACAUCUCAAACUAUGAGGAUUCACGUCCUUAGUUAAAAAAUUAUUUUGGCAACUCCAACUUCGAUUACAAAUACGGGAAUAGAUGGGAUCGCGAUUCAGAUCUUUAUUGAAUGGAG